AUGGGUGUUUCCCCAACUCCGACGAGUCAAAACGUCGGCGAAAAACUCAUAUGGAUUGCCAUCUAUUCGCUCUGCUCGUCCUCCAUGCUCGUGGUGAACAAACUCGCAGUCGCGGCGAUCCCGUUACCGACGGUCGUUUCCGGCGCGCAGCUCGUGUCGAGCGCGAUCGUGCCUCUUUUGAUGCAACUGUGCGGGUACUCGGUGAUUGGAAAAAUGACCUACGCGAGGUCUCUCCCGUACGUGGUGUAUACUUCCAUGUUCGCCGCUGGGUUGUUUGCGAACAUGAAAGCGUUACUGCUGACAAACGUCGGGGCGGUGAUUGCGGCGAGGUGCUGUUUGCCUCUCAUUGUUUCAGUGAUUGAGUAUUUCUUCAUGGGGAGAAGUUGGCCGAAUAAACGAUCGAUGGUUUCGCUGGGUGGCGUCGUCUUCUUCGCUUACUUGUACGUUUCCCAAGACUCCGGUAUCGCCGUCGAAGGUUCCGAAGGGUUCGUCUGGCUCUUCAUCUGGUGGAUGCUUUUGGCGUUACAGAUGACGUAUGGAAAAUGGAUGACCAGCGCGAUUGAGAUGACCCAAUGGGAGCGAGUGUUUUAUACGAACGCGUUUGCGGUGCCUCCGAAUAUGUUGAUUUGGUAUUUUAGCGACGAUUCGAGUCCGGCGAAAGCGCACGUGAUGGACCGUUUGGACUCGUACCAGAAGAACAUGUUGUUGUUGUCGUGCGUCAUUGGGGUGUGUAUUUCGUACAGUGGGUGGCGGUGUAGAACGGUAGUCACGGCGACGACGUUUACGUUAGUUGGGGUGGUGAAUAAGAUGGCCACGAUUGCGUUUACGAUGAUUGUGUGGCCGAAAGAGACGACGUUUGCGAAAGUCGUCGUGUUGAUUUUUUGCGUGUUGUUCGGUUUGUUGUAUCAGGAGGCGCCGAUGAAGGCGAGAAAGGAAGGGAUGAUAGAGGGAGGGAAAAGCGCGACGGAGAGUAACAUCGUGAGCAUCAGGUCACCUAGACACGUGCACGCAAAGUGA